AAACUCUAUAACAAAAUGAAUAGAGUCGUAAUUAUGUCUGUCUGAGCGCCAACAGAUAACAAUUCACACAAACAGAAGUGGCUCAACUCAUUCAACAUUCAAUGUUAAUUUUGUUUUCAAUCUCGGUCGGUGCGCUUGUGCAUAAAAAAUGGCGGAUAAAAUUGCUGUUGUUACGGGUGCAAGCAAAGGAUUCGGAUUCGCAAUUGUAAAAGGAUUGUGCCAAAAAUUUAAUGGUGUUGUUUACUUAACUGCAAGAAAUGAGAAAAAUGGACUAGACGCUGUGAAAAAACUAAACGACCUUGGCCUUAAACCACAAUUCCAUCAACUUGAUGUCAGCGAUGAGAAAAGUGUACAGACAUUCGCUAGUUACAUCAAAAAUAAACAUGGCGGCCUGGAUGUACUGGUUAAUAACGCAGCAAUAUUGGAAUGGGAUGAAGUUUAUCCAUCUUAUGAAGCGGCGAAACGAAACAUCGAUAUAAACUACAAAAGUUUAUUAACCCUAGAAAAGUAUGUUUAUCCUUUGCUAAGAGAUGGCGCUAGGGUCGUUAAUAUUUCGAGUGCUUGCGGUCAUUUAUCGAAUUUAAAGAAACAAUCCUGGAUUCGUAUGCUCCAAGACCCGGAUUUGACUACGGAACAAAUUAAUCAGUUUGUUGAUGAAUACUUGGAAAGCGUGAAGAAUGGAACAUUCAACAAAAAUGAUUUCGCUGAUGAGGGAAAGCAUGCAGAACAUAGGGUGUCUAAAAUUGCACUCACAGCUUUGACAAUGGUCCAGCAAAGGAAAUACGAGGAUAGGAACAUUUCCAUAAAUGCUGUUCACCCCGGACACAUGAAGACUGAAAUGGCUCAAGGUGGUGGAGAAACAGAACCUGACCAAUCGGCUGAACUCGUACUUUAUUUAAUUUUGGAUGCUUCACCGAAGUUGAGAGGCACUUUCAUGUGGCACGAUAGACGUCUGAUUGACUGGUGCGAUGCUGAAAGUGAUUUUGCUUGUAAAGAUCUUUGGUAAUAUAUUUAAAAUAAUUUGUUUUUAUAUCUUUCCCUUUGAAUCUUCAAUAAAUUCAC